AUGCUCGCCCUAUUUGCAGAGCGCGUCGAGAAGCACCCAAGCUGCCGUGCUUCGCGGCGUUAUCACUGGCCUGGUCCGCACCACCACAGUCAUGUCAAGGACGACAGCCAAAGGCAACGAAGGGGAUGGACCCUCACUGACGUGACGGGGCAAAGCCUAUGUGACAUUUACGGCCCCACACCCAGGCAUUCGGUGUCCGUGACGAUCCUUACUGGCUCGGCAGUAAAUUCCACGAGGACAAACAGGAACGCCAACUCCAUGAUGCCACAUGUUGCGUCCCUUGCGGAGCCCUUUCUGGCAACAGAGACGGUGACUUCGCGUUGCCACCGCCAUGGGCCUCCAAACGUUACAAUUCAUCUCCGACGAAAUGGUUCUUACCCCGUAUCCCGUAUAAGGCGUGAUGCCGGUGGGGCAAAAGGCGAUAAUACAGAGUAUUCUGAAAAAAAAGACUCGGUGCAGCCGUCUGCCUCAACGCUUUCACGUUUAGCGGAUCAGAGCAAUAUCACCAAUGCCCCUCUUGAUUCAGUGAGACACAAUGAAUCCGAUGACGCGACCAUUGUGUUUGGGGUAAGCCACACAGGGGCCCCUGCGGCUUUCUUCUCUCCAUAUUCCACGGCACAAAGUGGCACAGCAGAUGCCCUGACGAGCACAGGGACUUGGCUGAACCCAACGGCGAGGACAACCCCGGUUGGGGUUGCAGAGUUGCCGCGGAAAGCGCCGGAAGAUGACUCUGUGCCGACGACUUACUCAAAUGGCAUGAAAUCCGUUAAAUCAUCAUUGCCUUUUAAAGCGGAUUUUGAGCAAGAGCGUCCAUCCAAGUGCGACGGCAGAGUAGAGGAGGACACGGGGGCAAUGAAGAAACAUUUACAAAGGCAUGCUGUCAUGAGGGAUACGAAUCAUGGGCAUGCCGACGAUGCGUCUCGUGGAGGGGUAAACAAAAUCAACUCCGAAUUCCCUUUGCGAGAGUUGCGGGGCGUUGCCGCUGGCGUGGAAGAGGUCCGGCAUCAAGGACAGCACUCGCAUGAAGGCGUUUAUGACUUUGAUGUAUCCGAGCGAGCAUCACAACUCGAUAUUCCGUUUUGUCUCUAUGAACGCAAACAAAAAUCUUCCCGGUUGGCGGCAUUAUUUGCAAAGGCCUAUCUGUGUUGUGUAGAAGGGAAAAAUCCCCUUACGGAUGAAGAGCCCUCUUCCUUGGAGUUUUACUGCCACGAAGAGGACCAUUAUAACAGCCUGGAUGACAGCUAUCACAAUGAUAAGGAAGUUUUUGACGCCUUAAGCAUCACUACAACUUCAUCGUGUGCAUUUGGCGCCGGUUUGGCCAGUUUCAGGCUGCGUAACCACCCCCGUCAGAGUUUUGACGUUGAUGAUAAUAAGAACAACAAUAAUAAUGGUAACAAUAAUGGUAAUAGUGAUGAGAACAUACAGCCGUCCCUCUGGACACAUUGUUCCACAUGCGUUGAUGGGGGAAGGACGAUGGAGAUCUCGGCAUAUGCGGCCGAAGAAGCCAUUUAUGAGCUCAAGGUGCAGGCGAAGCGUCGCAACGCCGCGUUGCUGGCGAAAUACGUGGCAUCGUGUCGGCAGGUGGUCCCGGAUAGUUUUCCGGCGGUGGCGAACCGAUCGCGCCGGGGUGAUGGCGUGGAUGACCACCAGCAGAUGGAAGGAUUAAAGAAUGAUGCUCCUGCAGCGAUGGCGGGGGCGGGUUUCCCUCAAGUCACAGUCGACACGCCGGUGUGUGUGCGUCAUUCCAAUGACGACAGGAAGGAGCACCAACUGCCGGGUGGGGCGGUCUCGAGGUUUCGGGGCAUUGAGGCCUGGCUUUCCGCCGUGGAGUUGGCAAAUGAGUCAAAAUUGGAGAUGAAAACAAGAAUUCAAGGAAAAUGCCAUGUGAAGAACAAAAAAAAGAAAAGUGGGUGUAAAAAGGAGAAGGGGGUUGCGUGA